GACCACAUAUAUAAAUUUUGGAUUCACAUAAUCCCCUCUUUGCAAUCAUCGCCUCUUCUUCUCCUCCUCUAAGAUAACAUAACCGAAACGCCAUUCACAAAUCUCAAUCUCUUCUUCUUCUAAUUUAUCUUCUCUCUUUUCUCGUUUCCCCAAAUUCUCGAUUUUUUUUUUCCUUAGGUUUUCUUGUUUCGUGUUGAGUUAAGUUAUCUAGGGUUUGAUAAUAAUGGCGCCGCCGGUAGAAACUCCGUCUAACAAUCUAUGGGUAGGUAACCUUGCACCGGACGUCACCGAUGCAGAUCUGACGUCACUUUUCCAGAAAUACGGUCCGAUUGAUAGCGUAACAUCAUAUUCGUCUCGCGGUUUCGGUUUUCUGUAUUUCAAAAAUAUGAAUGAUGCUAAGGAGGCUAAAGAUGCGCUUCAAGGAUCCUUCUUUCAUGGAAACGCCCUUAGGAUCGAAUUCGCAAAGCCGGCAAAGCCGUGCAAAAGUUUGUGGGUAGCUGGGAUUGGCAAGUCUGUGUCAAAAGAAGAAUUAGAAGACCAAUUCAAGGGAUUUGGUAAAAUUCAAGAAUUUAAGUUCAUCAGGGAUCGCAACACCGCAUACGUUGAUUUUGCUAGACUAGAAGACGCAGCAGAAGCGCUGAAGCACAUGAACGGAAGAAAAUUCAGUGGUGAACAGAUUCGUGUGGAUUAUCUCAGGUCACAACCUACGAGAAGAGAGCAAGGACCAGAGUUUCGGGAAAUGAGGGAUGGACAGUAUCCCAACAGGAGCAUUGGCCAUCCUGACUCUCGGCUUAUUCCCCAAGAUUUUGUCAGGAGCUACUCUGAUCCUAUGCAUGCUGGCUUCAAGAGGCAACAUCCAUUUCAGUUGCCAGCGGGACAAAGAGUAGAUGGACAACCCAGUAAAGUUUUGUGUAUAAGUUAUCCUCCCUCUGUCCAUGUUGAUGAAGACAUGCUACACAAUGCUAUGAUUUUGUUUGGUGAGAUUGAUGGAAUAAAAACAUUUUAUGAUAGGAAUUGCUCAUUGGUUGAAUUUAGAAGCGUGGAGGAAGCCCAGCGUGCUAAAGAGGGCUUGCAGGGCAAGCUUUUCAAUGAUCCCAGAAUCACAAUUGAAUAUUCAAGCAGUGGUCCUGCACCUGGCAGAGAUUUCUUGGAGUAUCAGCCUUCAAUUAUGGGCCCAGCACCUGACUUUUACCCCAAUGAAAAUCCAUUCCAACCGGCACAGAUGGGCAUGUUUGGCCAUAAUCAGCCUAUGUUGGCUUCUGGACGUUUGCCACCUUAUGGCAAUCAUGGUCCUGAUGUCCCAGCUAGGCCUCUGGGUAUGCAAGGCAGGUUUGACCCGGUCAUUUCAGGCCCAGAACUUUCUGAUUUGCCACUGCCCCAUAAGUUGCGGGAUGCAAGCCCUCAUGAUAUGAUGAGGGGUCCAAACUGGAAGCAGGCAUCUCCAACACCGGGAAUGCUUUCUUCUCCAUCUAGUAGAUCUGCCCUACCUGGCUGGGAUGCAUUAGAUUCUAGCCAACUUCCAAGAGAAACAAAAAGAUCAAGGAUUGAAGGGGCUUAUGAUAGUCCAUUUGGUAACAAUGUUCCAUCAGGUCCUGUAACAGUUGGUACUCUAGAUGCAAGAUCUACUCCCGCACAGGGCCAUUCAGGACAUGGCUAUGUAUGGCGUGGAGUUAUCGCCAAGGGUGGAACACCUGUGUGUCACGCUCGCUGUGUUCCUAUUGGGGAAAGCAUAGAAUCUGAGAUUCCUGAGGUGGUCAAUUGCUCCGCGAAAACGGGAUUGGAAAUGCUAACUAAACACUACGCGGAUGCUGUUGGGUUCAAUGUUGUGUACUUCUUGCCUGAUAGUGAACAGGAUUUUGCUUCAUAUACAGAAUUCCUGAGGUACCUCGGUUCAAAGGAUCGUGCUGGCGUUGCAAGAUUUGAUGAUGGAACAACCUUGUUCUUGGUUCCACCUUCUGACUUCCUCACGAAGGUUCUGAAAGUUGCUGGUCCAGAACGUCUUUAUGGGGUGGUUUUAAAGUUUGCACAUCAUGUACCUAGUGGCACAUCCUUGCCACCAGGGUCCAAUCAACCUCAGUAUGUCGAUGCACCACGGAUAACAUCCUCUCAAGCUGCGUAUGAUGCAAUGCCAUCUGUGGAAAGGGUUUCACAGAUGAACUAUAAUCAGGUUACCCGAGAAGAUAAGCUGCCUUUUAAAGAAUUUGCUUCUCUAACUGAUGCAUACCCCAGAAAUCCUGUGCAGCCAAGUAAUACUGCAGCAUACCCCGGGAAUCCUGUACACCAAAGCAAUACUGCAGCACCAACCCAAGCAGGGGUCUCUUUAACACCUGAACUUAUUGCAACCCUAGCAAAGAUGCUACCAGCUAACAAGUUAUCAAGUGUGGAAGGAACAACCGCGCCUGCAGGACCUUCUGCUGGUAUGCCUGCAUCAGAUGUUGUUGUUGCACCUGGAAAAGUGCAGCAACAGUCUUGGAGAUAUGAACAGCAAGCUCCUGGUCAAGCUGCCGAUCACAUGGCACAGUUUGGUAGCCAGUUUAACAACCAAACACAAGUUUUCUCACAGCUUCAAGCUCAUCCGCAAGUCUUGAACACGCCUAACCCUUAUUCUCAAGGGGCUACUAGUUUUAGCCAAAUGCAAGAGCAUAAUCUCAACUUGCAACCACAAGGCGGUCCUCCUCAGACAUUGACCAUCAUUUCUCAAGGUGCACAGCUCUCAGCCCAGCCCCAUGUUGAUCGGCAACUUCAGUUUGGAAGACAUCAAGAUGCUGUGAGUGGUUCUGGGAUAGCUCAUGGCACAGAUGCCUUAGGACAUUAUGGUUCAUCUGUUCAACAAUCAACAAAUCUUGCUUCAUUGCCCAACCAAACUCAUAGUGCUAAUGUUUCCCAGCCACAAGCUGGCAUGCCUGUUGCCUCUGGGAUAGGGCUUCCAACUCAAAUGCAGCAGUUGCAAUCUGCACUUUAUGGGUCUGUACAGGAGGGAUCGGAUGCUGAGGGUGACAAGAACGAACGCUACCAGGCAACUCUAAUGUUCGCAGCUAAUCUCUUGUCGAAGAUACACCAGCAGAAGCCAAGUAGUCAAAGUGGGCAAGGGUCGGGCAAUCAUUGAGAAGAUCUCCUUGAGCUAGGUAAGUAGGAGGUUAUCAAACACAGAGGACAGAGGAAAUGGAACAUACAAAAGCUGGGGAUAGGAGGAAAUGGCACAUACAAAAGCUGGUCUCUUAGCUCUGUAAACCUUUUUGGUUUUCCUUUAGUUAGGCUCUAGUUCUCUCUUGUUUUUUCUUUUGCUUACCGAAGUUUCUUUUAUGAAAACUGGAUUGGGUCAGGUUUAUUUUUUGGGGGAGAAGUGGUUUAGUAAUGUUUGCAAUUAUCUUAUUAACUAGAUUAACAUUGUAUUACAUAGUCCAAUGGGUCUAUGCUGCCGAAUAGCAUUUCAGACUGAGGUAAAUAUAAUUUUUGUUCAUUUCU